AUGUCCAACAACAUGGCCAAGAUCGCUGAGGCCCGCAAGACGGUGGAGCAGCUGAAGCUGGAAGUGAACAUCGAUCGCAUGAAGGUGUCGCAGGCGGCCGCUGAGCUCCUGGCUUUCUGUGAGACGCACGCUAAGGAUGACCCACUGGUGACUCCUGUCCCCGCCGCCGAGAACCCCUUCCGCGACAAGCGACUCUUUUGCACCCUGCUCUGAGCCCUCCAGUCAGCUUUAU